GGUAGGAGUAGCGAGAGAUUAGAUUGAGCAUAUUUCUGUUUGGGUGUUUUGUUUAUUUAAUUAAAAAAAAAUCACAUUACUUUUCUAACCAAGUUUAGGAAUAAUAUAUGAAAUUGAGUAUGAAAUGAGCAUCUUACUGGAGUUGAAAAUCUUGGACUUGUUUAGUUGUGAUUUUUAGCCCUUUUACUUGGGUAAAUAAAUAACUUUAAGGCAUAGAAAUGCUUGAAGUUUUGAAAUGUUAAGGCUUUGAGAUAAUUGCUUUUUGAGAUCACUUUGGAUUAAAAUGCUUUUUUGUUGUUGUUUGCUGCUAUUUAGAUUCUUUUUUGCUUGGAAGGGAAGAAAUAGUAAACUGUCUGGAAUCCAGCAUUCAAACUUACAUGAGAAGAUUAUUCUAGUUAAGAAGCUAGAUUGUUGUGUAAUUAAUUCCACUGUGAAACUUUAUUCUUCAAAACAUUCAGCAGCACUACUGAAACAUACAGCUGUAGUGCUUUUGAAACCGAAGGUUUUUUAAGAAGGGGGAAAAAAAACAACAAAAACUUUUGUCCCCAGGAGAAUAGUUUGACUGGUUUCCUCAUUUCUCUUUCAAAUAUAUAUUUAAGAGAUCUUUUAUUUCAGCAUAACAAUAAUUAUUUGCAGGAGUUUUUGUGUGAGGGACUAAUUUAGAACUUGUAGAUUUGAGCUGCCUGAAUUGGCCAGACAGCUGUAAGCUCACUCCUCUAUUCUUAAUCUCUUUAUCUGGGCAGCAGCUGCCAUAUGGCCACAGUCAGCUGGAUCAGAUGUUUAUAAGCUUCCUUCUCCGUCCCUCUCUGUCCUCUCAGCCUCCUAAUUUGAUCACAGCUACCUUGUGAGCUGCCCUCCAAUCUUUAUUUUUAGCCCUCUCAAGGAUUAGGAUUGAUGUUAGCUGUGGGGCACUUAAAGUGAUUGUCUUGUAAAUCUUGGUUUAUUCUAGCAGGGGCGUCUUGGAGGAUGUGUUUGGGUCCAGGGUGAAAGUUUUAGUCCACGGUGAGCAAAGUGUAGGAGAAGCGGGAAGUAAUUGCUGAAUAUUGAAUUAAUACGUGUUGUGUUCUCAAAAUGUGCUUUCUGAGAUGAAGAGUGUGGAACCUCGCUUCAGAAAGGGGAAGUCAGGUUUUCAUUAUUUUUGAGGAGUUGAACUUUGCAGUUGAGUUUUGACCCUUUGUGUAUUUUCGCCUUCCUUCUCUCUCCAACUCACCCUCCCUCACCAGAAAACAAGGGCAACAAUGCAGAUUUGAAAGAAUAGAAAGAAGCUAGUGGGAAAGCAAAAUAGAUCAAGUUAUGUUGAAACAAAGUAUUUUCUGUUGACUGAGGUAAGGCAGAGUCAGGAAAGGAAAGAGAAAAAGCUUCUCUUUUUCUAGCGAGGUUUCUUUGGGGGGGGGGUUGAAUUUGUAAAGCUUUUGAGUCUCAACUGAGCAUCUUACGCCUGUAUUUAAAAGUUUAAAUUAAUUUUAACGUGGUACUCAUUUUACUGUGCAACGGAUUAAAGUUUAGGUGAGAAUCUUCAGAGUUAAAUAAAGCUCUUCUGGCUAUUAAUUUUCUAAAUGUACAGAUUUUGCAAAGAAAUGUAACCAUUUUUUCCCUCAAUUCAUUAAAAAAUAUUUGGAUUUGUUCAUAGUAAAGAUGAUCUUUCCCAUCUGUUGGUGCAGUUCCUUCUGAUCUCAUACAUGUGCGCUCUACCUGCACAUCUUAAAGCAUUAACAUCUGUUUUUAUACACAGGGUUUUUGUUGUUGUAACACUCUGACUUAGAAAGUAAAUUGUUUGCUAAUUUCUGGGCUAAUUAUACGAUUUCAUUUUUUCUUGAUUCAGCCAAAUGUGUGUAUUUAAAUUGUGCUUCCUAUAGGCAGUCAAGUCUUAAAAGUGAUAAAAUAAAAAGGAUGGCUGCACAAGUUUUCUAAACCUUCCAGAAUGUGUUUGGAACUUUUCUUUGUUCAUAAUCCCAGUUGUUCCCUUUGAAAAUUAAAGCAAAACAAAUGCAAAUAGGCUUCGUGGGACAUAAUUUGAUGAGUGAUUAAUUAAGUUCCCCUGAAAGAAAUCUAAAUUCUUAUUCUCCGUUAAGAGGUGGUGUAGAAAUAGCGACUUUUAAAACUUGACUGAAAGUUCAGGGAACGUGGCGAUGUAUCAGCGGCUCUCUGGCUAGGAUAAGGAAGUUGGGAAAGUACAUUUAUUCUUCUCCCAAGUAGGUUUUAGGUUUUUUUUGUGUGUGAUUUAGUUGCACUUGAGUCAAAGCCUGUUUAAAAUUCAGGGACAUGUCCCUCUGAGGCCCAGGCUGGUGUGUGUGUGUGUGUGUGUGUGUGUGUGUGUGUGUGUGUGUGUUUUAGAUAUGGACACUAGACGGUUGCAAAGUUGUUCCUGACCAGGCUUUCAUGAGAGAUUUCUCUCUUCCAGGUUAUGAAGACAGUAUGGAGUUUCCAGACCACAGUAGACAUUUGCUGCAGUGUCUGAGUGAGCAGAGGCACCAGGGUUUCCUUUGUGACUGCACUGUUCUGGUGGGAGAUGCCCAGUUCCGCGCGCACCGAGCUGUGCUGGCUUCAUGCAGCAUGUAUUUCCACCUCUUUUACAAGGACCAGCUGGACAAAAGAGACAUUGUUCAUCUGAACAGCGACAUUGUUACAGCCCCAGCUUUCGCUCUACUUCUUGAAUUCAUGUAUGAAGGGAAACUCCAGUUCAAAGACUUGCCCAUUGAAGACGUGCUAGCAGCUGCCAGUUAUCUCCACAUGUAUGACAUUGUCAAAGUCUGCAAAAAGAAGCUGAAAGAGAAAGCCACGACGGAGGCAGACAGCACCAAAAAAGAAGAGGACGCUUCAAGUUGUUCCGACAAAGUCGAGAGUCUCUCCGAUGGCAGCAGCCACAUCGCGGGGGACUUGCCCAGUGACGAAGAUGAAGGAGAAGAUGAGAAACUGAAUAUCCUGCCCGGCAAAAGGGACUUGGCGGCCGAGCCUGGGAACAUGUGGAUGCGCUUGCCCUCGGACUCAGCAGGCCUCCCCCACGCUGGCGGAGAGGCAGAGCCGCACGCCGCAGCAGCUGGAAAAACAGUAGCCAGCCCCUGCAGCUCCACUGAGUCUCUGUCCCAGAGGUCUGUCAGCUCCGUGAGGGAUUCGGCAGAUGUUGACUGUGUGCUGGACCUGUCUGUCAAGUCCAGCCUUUCAGGAGUUGAAAAUCUGAACAGCUCUUAUUUCUCUUCACAGGACGUGCUGAGAAGCAACCUGGUGCAGGUGAAGGUGGAGAAAGAGGCCUCCUGUGAUGAGAGUGAUGUUGGCACUAAUGACUAUGACAUGGAACAUAGCACUGUGAAAGAAAGUGUGAGCACUAAUAACAGGGUACAGUAUGAGCCGGCCCAUCUGGCUCCUCUGAGGGAGGACUCGGUCCUGAGGGAGCUCGAGCGGGAGGACAAAGCCAGUGACGAUGAGAUGAUGACCCCGGAGAGCGAGCGGGUGCAGGUGGAGGGGGGCAUGGAGAGCAGCCUGCUGCCCUACGUGUCCAACAUCCUGAGCCCCGCCGGCCAGAUCUUCAUGUGCCCCCUGUGCAACAAGGUCUUCCCCAGCCCGCACAUCCUGCAGAUCCACCUGAGCACGCACUUCCGCGAGCAGGACAGCCUGCGCAGCAAGCCGGCCGCCGACGUCAACGUGCCCACCUGCUCGCUGUGCGGCAAGACUUUCUCCUGCAUGUACACGCUGAAGCGCCACGAGAGGACUCACUCGGGCGAGAAGCCCUACACGUGCACCCAGUGCGGCAAGAGCUUCCAGUACUCGCACAACCUGAGCCGCCACGCCGUGGUGCACACGCGCGAGAAGCCGCACGCCUGCAAGUGGUGCGAGCGCCGCUUCACGCAGUCCGGAGACCUGUACAGACACAUCCGCAAGUUCCACUGUGAGUUGGUGAACUCCUUGUCUGUCAAAAGCGAAGCCCUGAGCUUGCCCACUGUCAGAGACUGGACCUUAGAAGAUAGCUCUCAAGAACUUUGGAAAUGAUUUUAUAUAUAUCUAUACAUAUAUAAAUAAUAUAUCUAUACAUAUAUAUAAAUAGAUCUCUAUAUAGUUGUGGUACGGUCUAAAAGCAGUCUUGUUUCCUGGAACUAAAAAGUUGGGAUAUUAACUUGUUUUUGCACUUUAGAAUAGCAUGAGAAUCUCACUAAUUUAGCAUUUUGGUAAAAGAAACUUUAGAGCAAGUCCGAGAGUAGAGGUGUUUUUCUUUCACGGGGGUAGAAGUAAGCCAAUCCACCUUUGAGACAAAUUGACCUAUCAAAAUGCUUUCCUAUGGCUUAAUUUCGUCGCCACGGCAUUGUCUUUUGAACUCUGUUUUUUCACUUUUUUUUUUUUUAAAUAGAAAUUCCCUCCCGUUUUUUAGCCUCUUUCUAUGUCUCAAAUUGCAUGAAUCUUUGCUGGCUGUUGGAAACCUGAAUGCUUUUAGACCCAAAUGGAAAAUUUCUGAAAUGCUGGAUUAUCUAUUUUUAAACAAGCAGUUGACUUACAACUUUCUGUGGCAACUUCUGGUUUUCUGACGGUUCCCAAUGAGAGAAAUUCUGAAAGAACACUGGGAUCACUGGGACGCUGUCUUUGUGAAGGUUUGCUUGAGAUGAAAAAGGAUAUUGCAGCUUCAGCAGUGUUGAACUGUGUGUUGAAAAUGUGAAUUACUGUUAUUGUAUACUGUAAUUGAUUACAUGGGCGGGGGGGUGUCAAAGAACUUGACAGGUUGUGUUGAUGCUCUUAGUUGAGUCUUGAAAAGUAAAUAUUAACGCUACAGAAAUGCAUGAGUUUCAGUAUAUUUUUUGUCUUUGUUUGCAUUGUAUAACUUUAACGAGUGAGUUUAAAAUUAUUUAAUUUCCUUAGAAAAAUAGCACCAUUGGGGGAAAAAAAAAACCUGGUGUUAUGAAGAUCAUAAAUGCACUGUUUUUUUUUUAUUUUAUAUAAUUUAAAUUGACUUUCCCACUGUCUUUAAGUUGAAACUGUUAAGCUGAAUAAAAACUUAAGCUGCAAAUUGAUAACUUCGCUACAUAACAAGGAGAAUAUAAAUGUUUACAAACGGCUUAAAGAUUUGCAUGUGCAGUGUGCAUUUAUAACAAACUUCUGAUUGCACAAAACCCAUGCCAGCUCCAAGAUUAGGUGUACACAUUUACCCAGUUGAGCAUUUUUAGAAUAACUACUGCACAAAUUGACAAUAGGUCAUUUUUUUUUCCUCCCCUCUUCUUUUUCUCCCCUUCUUCCUCCUUUCCCCCUCCUUUUCCCUGCUCCUUCACCCCUGCCCCCACCCCCCCACCCCCACUCAUGAAAAGAUUCUAUGGACUGAAAAAGCCCCAGGCUGAAAGGACUGGACUGCCUUGAUUGACAUGGGGAAGGGGUUCGUAGACUAUGUGUAUCUGGGCAGCCAAGGCUGCCGCCCGAGUGUGGUUUAAUGACCAGCACACAGGGCAAAAGCAUUUUGCACAGUGUUUGUUUUCCUGUCUUGCACUUACAAAUAAGGUCUAUGGGAGUAGCAUGGAAAACGUUUGCUGUUUUUCCCUUUUUUUUUUUAAUUGCUUUUGUUUAAAAUUUGAUCGCCUUAACUACUGUAAACAUAGCCUAUUUUUGUGCUUAAGAUACUGAAUGGAAAACUCCAUUGUGUGUUGCUGGACUGUUUUGGAAAUAUUUGGUCAAAUGUGUGUUAAUUUGGCUGUAACGGCAUUUAAAGCAAACAAACAAACAAAAAAAGCUGUGAAAAUGGCCUUGGAGCAUUACCUUUAGUUACUUGAAGAGUUUCUAGUUUUUUUUUUUAAAUACAGUUUAUGUUAAAAUAAUUUUUAUUAAUUUAGAGGAGACAAUCAAUGUCUGUGAGAAAACGGACUUUCUUUUGGAUUUUCUUUUUGUGGUCAUUGUGAGUGAUUGCUUUUUCUUUUUAUUAGUUUCACAUUCUUCCUUUGUUCUAAAACUUAGACUGACAUCUAGCCUUGACAAUCAUAGUAUGUUUUAUUUUCCUGAGGGGGGUAUAACUUAUAAUGCUGUUUAGUUUUGUACUGUUGGUGUGUUGGUGAAUUUUUAAACUGUGUGCUAACUGCAAUAAAUUAUAUGAACUGAGAA